AUGGCAACAGUCGUCAACCGGAGGAGGAAGCUAUACGACACACGACAACACACAAGAGAGUGGAUCCUCCUACCGGAUUCAUCCCUUCUUAUUAUUUUCUACUAUUUUGGUGGUGAUUCCUGUGUCGGUACCCAUUUUCCUGUAUGUGCAAGUCAAGUACUGUUGCCACUAGCUAUACGGCAGCUGGCUACAAUGGCUGGAUUAACAAUAUUCGGUUGUGCUUGUAUUCAUCAUAAGGAUCCAAUGCGAGGUACCGGUAACCGUAGCGAGCAAAGCCGAACUUUCGGUACUGUUGCCAUUGUCGUCGAUGUAGCUAUACCGCAGCCGGCUACAAUGGCUGGAUUCAUAAUGUUCGGUUGUGCAUGUAUUCGUCAUAAGGAUCCAAUACAAGAUACCAGCAACGGAGUGUAG